GCUUGGCGGGGGGCGGCCGGUGGCUGCGGGGGCCCGGCCGGUGGCUGCCUCUGCCCGCCCGCCAUGAACUCCCUGGACCAGGCUGAGGAUCUCAAAGCUUUUGAAAGAAGACUUACUGAGUAUAUUGCAUGUUUGCAACCAGCUACAGGACGUUGGAGAAACUUUAUUUGUAUCCAGAACUUCAGACUCCACAGAAAACACUCAGAACUGCCAAAUGUCCAGUGGAAGCUGCAAGGCUUUAUGGUGAUUCUGAUAGUGGUAUCGGUCUGCACAGCAACUGGUGCUUGGAACUGGUUAAUAGACCCGGAGACACAAAAGGUGUCAUUUUUCACAUCACUUUGGAAUCACCCAUUUUUCACAAUUAGCUGUAUCACCCUCAUAGGCUUAUUCUUUGCCGGAAUACAUAAAAGAGUGGUGGCCCCAUCAAUUAUAGCAGCCAGAUGUAGAACUGUUUUGGCAGAAUAUAAUAUGUCCUGUGAUGAUACUGGAAAAUUAAUUUUGAAACCUAGGCCUCAUGUUCAAUAAGGGCUGUCUUCCUUCAGUUUUUUCCACUGCCAUGGAAACCAAAAAUGACCUUUUUUUUAAGGUAGUAUGACAGCAAGAAAACAAACAGGACUGGUUGUCACUGCCUGGGAGUAAAAGUCUUACACAGUUGACAGUGAAAGUGUGCAAUAUUACUUUCUUGAAUAUUUAUCCAAAUUCUUUGUUAUCAUAUUAUCAGUGCUUUUGCUACUUCUGAUUACCUCUUUUUCAGUAUUAGUGUCACUUUUUUACUUCGGCUAGAACAGAACAUACAGGUGAAGUAUGUUAAUUGGCUAUGAUGUCAAACUUGAAAAUCAAACCUCAUUUGUGUUACAUGUCUUUGUAAACUAUUGUAAAUAGCAGAUCAAUGCCAAUGUUCAGGAAAAGAAGUAAUACUUGCUGUAUGGAUUUUUUUUUUUUUUGUUCUCAUGAACAGUAUUGAAAGGAACACUUACCAUUCCCAUGAUGUUUCAUUAGCACACUGACUGAUUACGGCUGUCCUUGUUUCCUGGUCACUCCUUUUGGAACUGGUUAAAAGGCUUGCAGAAGGACUGUCCUCUGUGCUGGAGAAGACUGGUCUUACACUUUAAGAACUUUGCAACUGUAUCAAGGAUCACGUUUGUCAAGUUGUAUAUAUAGUGCACCAGCCACUUUCGUUGUGGUCAUACGUAGCUCCUUGUUUGAUCUGGUUCACAACACUGCUCUUUUAAGAUUUUAAUAUUUUAAAGAUUGUCUUAAAUAUGCUUGUAUCAUCCCGAUUGCAAGGUUGUACUGUAUUUUAAGUCCACAUGACCAUUCUCAGUGGAUUUUUAUGCUGUGAUAGUCUGAAUACAAAAUUAGUAUUGCAAAUGUAAAACUAAAGAUUUAGUGAAGAAAAUACGGAGUGCCACAAUAAAAUAACGAGAUGUGUUACUCAAAGUGUUAAAAACAAGGUGUGGAUGUUAUAUGUAUAAAGUGUAACUGCUGAAUAGCUAAAAUUAUGAAGAGUUUUAAGUUUAAAUUGUUCAAGGUGCCUUUUUAAUUGUUUCAGACUCUUUUAAUUGACUAGAACUGCAAAGCUGUUGAAACUUCAGUAACUCCUACUACAAGGUAGACUGGCUUUUACAGGCAGCCUAUUGAUGUAACUUUGUCAGUUGAGACAUUAAGAAUUGUCUCCUGUCAUUUUUCCAGUAAGUCUUCUGCCCACCCAUUAUUUUUAACUGCUGUAUAUUUUGUAGGUAAAUGUAUGUAAAAUAAAUUCUUUGUAUAAACAGA